AUGGGGGUCAAAGACAUGCGGAAGAACGACAAAGCGAUGGCGAUGACAGGGGACGACGGACAACACACAACGGACAGCGAAGACCUGAGCAAAACGUUUAUGCACAAUGGUUUGGUCUUGGGCAUGGAUGGGUUAAACGACGUCUGUGGUCGGCCGCCUAGCGAGGUCGUCGUUGCGUUGUCAACGAUGAGGAACCGGCAUGACGUGCCGGCGCAUUGGCCAUUGUUCGGGUCAAGUGUGGCACGGCUGGCUAACGUCGGGAUGCGUUGUCCUGUCUCGUGGUGA